CCUAAAUAGAACAUGUUUAAUUUUGGAUAGUUUUACAUAUUAAAAGUGGGCAUAUCCUGAUUCCUCCUUUAAUUAUAACAAAUAUUUAUUUUUGAUUUCGAAGUUUCAUUGAGGCGAUCAAAAACAUUUUGUCUGUUUGUUUGUAAGCUUGUCUUUUGUUUCUAAUACUGAUCCCAUUUUAAAUUGUUUGCUGUUGGUUUAUGUGGAAAAGAAAAGACAAAGAUAUUUUGUUUUAAACCUUAACAUCGUGUUACAAUGAAGUUUAUUGAAUAACAAUAAAAAGUAAACAUGGCAACAACUAUUGGAAAGUGGAUAAUUAUUGUGGCAUGCACAGUCUCGGUUGUUGUUGGUCUCGCAGGAAACUUUCUCAUUAUUCUUAUUAGAAUAGUCGACCCAAUAAAACGAAAAAAUAUAACUGCUUACACCUAUCUAGUUUGCCAACUGGGUGUUGCUGAUUUUUUGUUUGCAUUUACACUGGCAUUUGAAAUUCCUGUUUUACUAAAAAACGAUCAUUGGGAGUUUGGACUCGGUCUUUGUAAGUUUGUUAGAACGUUACAGUCCACAAGUCUUACAACAACCAUAGGGUUUUUAAUGUUGAUGGCAUAUGAACGUUAUCUUGGAAUUUCCAAUCCUUUGGGGCAUAGGUGGUCUAUCAAAAAAACAACUUUUUUAGCCAUUGGAAUUUGGAUAUAUAUAAUUGUAACUAUGAUUCCAUAUUUUUUAGCUUUAAGCAUUUCACAUAAUGAAUGCUAUGACGUGGAUUAUUCAUUGCCAAAUUUUAGUAAGGGAUACACACUAUUCUUGUUUGCGACAAAUUAUGUUUUGCCUUUACUUUUUAUAAUUUUUUUUCAUACUUUGAUUGUAAAAAGACUGAAUGUACAUAUUAAAAAAAUGGCACCUCAUACAAACCGAUCCAUAAAACGCAAAAAGAACGAAAAGAAACCCCUAAAACGAAAUAGUAGCUGUAAUCUAAGUGAUUCAAGCAUAAGAAGAAAUAACUAUGGCAACAAACAUUGUGAUUUUGCAGACCUAAAUGAUUUUACAGAACUAAAUGAUUACAACGAAACCCCUAAAAUAUCUAAAAAAAACAACCUAUUUGAGCAGAAAAGCAUUUUUAAUAAUAACUGUAAUGAUAACAAUGUUAGCAACGAUGUAUUAACCAUCAAUAAGAAUAACAACACAACCAGCCAGAAAAAUAACAACACAAACAGCCAGAAAAAUAACAACACAACCAGCCAGAAAAACUCUGAAAUUAGCUAUAGUGACAACGUGUUUCGUAAUGAUGAUUUAACGUAUCGUAACUGCACGAAAAAAAAAAUUACAAGUUCUUUACUGUCAUCCUUUUCCAAAAGUUUAUUUUGCCAUAAAAAACACACAACUAGCAACAAUAAAGUCAUUAGAAUGUUGCUUGCAGUCACACUAUGUUUUUCAUUAAUGACAUUGCCUACUCAAAUAUGGCAAAUUUGGGAUACAUUCUCUGUUGAACAGAACAUAACUAAAAAAGAAAAGUUACACGUAAUUGAAGUUUUUACAAGUCUCACAUAUCUACACUGUUGCUCUAACUGCAUUAUUUAUAGCGUAAUGGAUCAAAGAUUUCGAAAAGAUGUCUCAGUCUUAGUUAUGUCAGUGUUUAGAAAAAAGUUGCGAUCUACAACUCUUUAUUCAAGGGUUUCAACCACAUUUAGUCACAUGUCUAUUAAAAGACUUUAUUCUAAUGGAGCUCAAAAUGAGUGUAAAGAACAGUUGGUUGUCAUUGAAAAAGAAACCGUCUUUGAUUAACAAUUGUUAAAAAUAAACAACAGCAACUAUUUUCAUGUUGGAAGUUAAAUUUCCGUGAAGUCGUGUAAAAUAUUGUAAAUAUUAGACAUAAUUUAUUCAGAAAGUAAAUUAUUUACUUAA